CUUUGCAGAACGCGAUUGCCUGACCUAGCUGACAAUGACGAGUUCGGGACGCAGGACGAGAUUGUCAUUGUUAGGAUGAACGAAGGAGACGCUUUGGAGAGGGCUCACGCUCUCUCUGCACAUGCUUCGGUCCUCUUGAGACCGAGCUCGAUAUCCAUGUCGAUGUUGGAAUCGGCCAAGAAGCUCUACAGUGAAGCUGCGGAUCUCUUUGCUGAAUCUCUGACAUCGACGACGGAUGAUGGGGCGAAGAAGACACUUCAAUUAUUGGUCCAUCAGAAUCGAAAGUUGGUCCGGGACGUCGAGCGGAGAAUGAGUGCGACGCAGCCGACGAUCGCUGCGCAAGGGCAUGAAGGAUCUAGAUCACCACCUGUAUCAGAGCAGCCUAUACGCUCAAACGGUUCAAAAGGGCUGAUGGUGGAUCCUAUCUCGCCUACGGGUCAAGGAGGACCUAGUUCAAGCUAUUUUGCAUCCCGCUUGAAUCCAGGUAUGAAUGUUCCUCCCUUUUCGCUCCGACCGUCAACUAUGCCUCUCGGACCAUCUCGUUUGACAUCCGCUCCUCCUUUUACUCGACAGACUCUCUCUACAGCCUCAUCAUCUCACGUACCUGGCGCUAGAGCAGGCCGAGCUUCUUCCAUCACUGGAACCGUCCCAACUUCUCCUAAUCAGCCAUUUGAUUCGCAUACUUUAUCCCCCCUCGUAUCGUCUUCUUCGUCUGAUGAGAGUUACCUCAAUCUCGGCGCUGUACCCGAUACCAUGGAUCCGUUCUCUCGAUUCUGGGGAAUGCUGGACAACAUGUUGGAUAAUAUUUCCAAUCCAGUGGCAUUCGCAACUGCCGCCGUCGAUCUAGAUCUAGAGACGGGGAAAGAGCAAGAUUAUGAGAAUGUGCCUCACGAGCGGGGGGCAAAGGAGGCGGUCGAACCGAGGGUCCGAAAGAGCUCAUCAAAAGCGAGUUUGAAGCAGAACGCUGACACAGCAAUGACCGACUCGUUCUAUGUGGUACCGAAGAACGGGAGAGUAGCGGAAUCGAGCAGUCGUAGAGGCGAAGCCAGCGAGGAGAGCAGGACGAGUCGAGCUUCACCGCCGAUCAAAACGCCAGAGGAACUGGCCCUCGAGAAUGAAUCCCUUCGUGCAAGUCUGGACGCUCUCGCUGUCCAUGCGCAACAACUAGAUAGGACUAACAAGGCUUUACGGGCUCAGCAUGAAGGACGGGAGAGACUGAUGCGCAGUGCCGUUGCGGGCGUCCGUAGAGAGGCUCAAAAAGCAAAGCACGGUCAAGAUCUGAUACGAUCACAACUAUUAGCGAGCGUUUCCGUCCCACGGCCGACGAGUGGGAUGACAAGUUCAGAGGCAGAAGGAGAGUCCUCAACGAGCGCCAUGCGGUCCCGCAUUCGAGAGCUAGAAGCAGAGUUGGAAGCUGCUAAUGUGGAGAAUGAUCGAAAACAAGCUCAGAUUGACAAGUAUAAAGAUAGAUUUGAGCGUAUCAGAGUCAAGGCUGGGGCCAAGAAGGAAGCUAAAGCUAAACUCGAAGCUAGCGGUACAAAGCCACAAAGCGGACGCGAAGGUGAUCUCGAUGAGCCUGGAUAAAUCAAGUCUGUUGUAAUCUUUUGACGUGUCGUGUCCUCUUAGAAUCAUGUCAGCAUCGCAAUCAUCUCAUUGUGUGUUUGUAGACGCCAUUCAUCUGUUUGCAUCUUAGCCUCAUUCAUACGCCAACAUCAGAGACUGGAGAAGAGGGAAAACGAGCGUCUUAAUGCGUAGAUGGUGCGGGUGUAAUCAAUAGCUAGGAACUGAAUGACGAGUCGGGGAUCCGAUGAAAGUGGUCAUGUGAAAUGUUGUUGAUGCUGAUCCUCUGUCGGUCUCAUCGUUUGACGAAUCGAUGCAAUGUGC